AUGGCCCUUUCUCGACUUCUGCUGUGUUUCCUCCUCGCCUGGGUGCCAGCCUGCUCCGCCCGACCCUCCCAGGCCCACCUGGCAGCGGGCAGCUCUGAGGACCAGCGAGCGGAGGCCCUCAAGAGACUCUUGCAAGUCUUCGGCAUUAUGGACAUCCCCCAGUCCCCUCAUGGGAUCAAAGAGCCCCCUCAGUACAUGGUGGAUCUCUACAACACGGUGGCUGGGGCUGAUGGGGUCACCAAAGACCCAGAUAUCUUGGAAGGGAACACGGUGCGCAGCUUUUUGGACAAAUUCCACAGCAGCCAGAUGCAUUUCCUGUUCAUCCUGUCCAGCGUUGCCAAGAACGAGCAGGUGCUGACAGCUGAACUGCACCUGUUCAAAUUGCGGGGCAGGCCGAGCAAUGGGCCCCUCAGCAGGCAUCACUUCUGCCAGGUUAGCGUGUACCAAGUCCUGGACCAGCAGAACCUGGACUCCCCAGAGGGAAAGAAACUGCUCUCUGCCAGAUUACUUGCUGUGCAUGGAUAUGGCUGGGAAGUCUUCAGCAUCACACAAGCGGUUCGCGACUGGACAGAAGAGGAAAGCAGCAACCACGGCUUGCUGGUGACUGUGCAGGGUCUUGGCGGAGCAGUGCUGGAACCCGGCGCUGUGCAGUUUGCUUCUGGACGAGAUCACCACGAGAGCAAGAAACCAAUGCUGGUUUUGUUCACCGAUGAUGGACGGCGGGGAGCAGCGUUGCCCACAAGCCCUUUUUCAGAUUUAGCCCUGCAGAACCCGGCCCUUCCCGUGGAAGUAGGAAUCCCUCAAAGCAACAGGACACGGGCCCCACGCUCAGCAGAUGAGCAGCGGCUGCCUUGCCAGUUACGCCCGCUUUUGGUAGACUUUGAGGAGAUCGGAUGGAACGGCUGGAUCAUCUCUCCCCGCGGGUACAACGCCUUCCACUGCAGGGGUUCCUGCCCCUUCCCACUGGGGGAGAACAUGCGGCCCACCAACCACGCCACUGUCCAGUCCAUCAUUAAUGCGCUGAAGCUCAGUCAGGACGUCAGUGGGCCCUGCUGUGUGCCCGAUAAACUCUAUUCCAUCAAUCUGCUCUAUUUCGAUGACGAUGAAAAUGUGGUCUUGAAGCAGUACGACGACAUGGUGGCUGGGAGCUGUGGCUGUCAUUGA